UUUUCCUCUGGUUCUGUCUUUUUGACUCUUACUUUUGCACACAGAGAGAAUAAGAAGAAAAAGAAAAUGAGAAACUUCACUUCUUGCUCCAGUGAAAAUGGCGUUCAGGUUACAGAUCCUUCCACCUCCAACGCUGUAAAAGUUUCACAGAAUCUGGUUAUUUGUAUCCACCGUUGCUGCAUCAGAGGUAGGACUUGUUUGAUCACAGUCACAUGGACUAAGACUCUGAUGGGUCAGUGUGUAACCAUAGGAGUCGAUGAUUCUUGCAACAGAAGUCUCUGUAAAUUCGAGAUCAAACCCUGGCUCUUCACCAAACGAAAAGGGUACAAGAAUCUAGAGGCGUGUGAUGUUUAUUGGGAUCUCUCGUCUGCUAAAUUCGGAUCCAGCCCUGAACCUUUAUGUGGGUUCUAUGUAGGAGUUCUUGUGGAUAAAGAGAUGAUUCUUCUUCUUGGUGAUAUGAAGAAAGAAGCUUUCAAAAAGACUAACACUGCUUCAUCUCUUGGUGCUGUGUUCAUUGCCAAGAAAGAGCAUGUGUUUGGUAAGAGAACGUUUGCAACAAAAGCUCAGUUCUCAGGUGAUGGUGAAACACAUGAUCUUGUCGUUGAGUGUGACACAAGUGUUAGCGAUCCUUGUCUUAUUGUUAGUGUUGAUGGGAAGACGUUGAUGGAGGUGAAGCGGCUUCGUUGGAAGUUCCGUGGUAAUGAGACGAUAGUUGUGAAAAGGGUCUCUGUGGAAGUUCUAUGGGAUGUUCACAGUUGGUUCUUUGGGGUGCCAUCGUCACCAGGGAAUGGUGUGUUUAUGUUCAGGACUCGUCAAGCUGUUGAAAAGACUUGGUCUUCCACGCAGGUCCCAACGAGCUUGAGACCUCAGAGUUUUGGGUUUACAUUGUUUCUGUACGCUUGGAAGAACGAGUAGAGAAGAAUAAAAAUGAACUGUUGAUUCUUGUUCAUUUAUUUAAUCAUAUGAUCAGUUUCAUAUGUAGUAUUUUGUACGUGAGACUUGUAAAGACUUGUUCAAAGUUGAAUGCUAAGGUGUUCUUGCUGCAUCUGAGAUGUUUUGAUUUAGUGUAUUAAGCAUUUGCAUCCUCC